CGCUCACCACCGGCCGUUGUAGUCGACUAAAGGGGGUCACUACGAUAAGCCGGCUUUUUCAGUGCUAUAGUUCUAUUGUGAUUGUAUGUAAACUUUCGUUAAUUAUACACGUUAAGCUAGUGAAAGUGUGAACUUGACGUGGUGUGGUAAUAAACUAUUUGAUAACUUCAUCGAACUUACCUUAAGGUAUGGAGUGGGAAGGGCCGGGCAAGCAAGGCUUGUACGACCCACAGAACGAGCACGAAGCGUGCGGCGUUGGCUUCGUUGUUGCUAUCGACGGAAAGCGCUCUCAUAAGAUCGUGCGCGAUGCGGAGGUGCUGGCGAAGCGCAUGGAACAUCGCGGUGCGUGCGCCUGCGACAACGAUACAGGCGACGGCGCGGGCGUGCUCACUGCUAUCCCGCAUCAGCUCUACUGCGCGCAGCUGAGGGACAGUCACCAGAUCGACCUGCCGCCGUUCGGCAGGUAUGCGACGGGUAUUUUCUUCUUGGACAAGCUGCACCAUCAGGACAUCGAGAGGAAAUUCAAAGAGUUGGCCGAGAGCCUCGGCCUGCAAGUGCUGUGCUGGAGAACGGUGCCCACCAAUAACUCUACUAUCGGUCAAGUGGCUCGUAAUUCGGAGCCCUAUAUGCGACAAGUGUUCGUUACCGGCGACACUGACGACGAGGAGCAUCUGGCCAGAAAGAUAUUCGUGCUCCGCAAGCGCGCGUCUCACGAGCUGGUGGUGCCAGGCGCAAGGUUCUAUAUCUGCAGCCUGUCCUUGAGAACUGUCGUCUACAAGGGACUGCUCACCUCCAACCAACUAUGGGAAUAUUUCAAGGACUUGAGCAACCCUGCUUUUACUACAUAUCUGGCGUUGGUGCACACCCGCUUCUCGACCAACACCUUCCCCAGUUGGGAAAGGGCACAUCCUUUGAGAGUGUUGGCUCACAACGGCGAGAUAAACACAUUGCGGGGCAACGUCAAUCUGAUGAAGGCUCGCGAGGGAGUCAUGAAGAGCAACUUGUUCGGCGAUGAGUUGAAGAAGCUGUACCCCGUGGUGGAGCCGAACCUGUCGGACUCCGGUUCCGCGGACUGCGUGCUGGAGUUCCUAUCUCAGUGCGGGGGACGUUCGCUGCCGGAGGCUGUGAUGACGAUGGUGCCGGAGGCGUGGCACGCAGACCCCACCAUGGCGCCGGCAAAACGCGACUACUACCGCUGGGCCGCCGCCGCCAUGGAGCCCUGGGACGGGCCCGCGCUCGUCGCCUUCACUGAUGGACGGUAUAUAGGUGCGAUUCUGGAUAGGAACGGUCUGCGACCUUCGCGUUUCUACGUAACCAGUGAAAACAUACUUGUGAUGGCCUCCGAGGUGGGAGUCUACGAUGUCGACCCUGAGAAGGUUAUACACAAGAGCCGAUUGAAACCAGGCCGUAUGUUGCUGGUGGACACUGUGGAGAAGAAGAUAAUUCAGGAUGUGGAGCUGAAGAUGAAGAUCGCCAACAGCCGCCCGCACUCUCAAUGGCUGAAGGAACAGAUAUCAAUGGAAGACAUCCACGCGUCGGUGAAGUUGGAGAAUGGCGGUCGCACAAUGAACGGCAACGCCAUCACGGGCCUUUCUGACCGUCGCCUUGCACUCUACGGCUACACACUUGAAGCCAUCAACAUGCUGCUAGUGCCCAUGAUACAGAACAAGAAGGAGGCGUUGGGCAGCAUGGGUAAUGACGCGCCGCUGGCCUGUCUCUCACAGUUCCAGCCUCUGCCCUAUGAGUACUUCAAGCAGCUGUUCGCUCAGGUCACAAACCCACCUAUCGAUCCCUUCAGGGAGAAGAUAGUGAUGUCCCUGCUGUGUCCGAUCGGUCCAGUGGCCAACAUCCUGGAGCCUAGCGCUGAGUUUGUGCACCGGCUGUCACUGCCGCAGCCCAUACUAUCGCUGCCUGACCUCGAAGCUCUCAAGAAGACGUCGCACAGAGGAUGGCGGACGCAUGUGAUCGACUGCACCUACGACUACACAGAGGGACCUUUAGGACUGGAGCCAGCGCUGGGUCGUGUAUGCGAGGAGGCUCGCAGCGCAGCAGCAAGCGGGUGCCAGCUCAUCGUGCUCAGCGACCGUAAUGCCGGUCCAACACGUGUACCCGUCAGCUCGCUACUAGCACUCGGUGCGGUGCAUCAUCACCUGAUCGAGACCCGUCAGCGUAUGAAGGUGGGCAUCCUGCUGGAGACGGCGGAGGCGCGCGAGGUGCAUCACAUGUGUGUGCUGCUCGGUUACGGUGCGGAUGCGAUUUGCCCGUAUUUAGCAUUUGAGCUUGCGUUCGCACUGCGCGAUGACAGCAUCAUAGACAACACACUCUCAGACAACGACAUCUACAAAGCAUACCAGAAAGCCAUAGAGACCGGCAUCGCUAAGGUGAUGGCAAAGAUGGGCAUCAGCAUGCUGCAGUCGUACAAGGGCGCGCAGAUAUUCGAGGCGGUUGGCCUCAGCGAGGAGGUCAUCGACAAAUGCUUCAAGGGAACACAAUCCAGAAUUGGCGGUGUUACAUUCGAGAUUCUGUCAAAGGAGAUAUUUGAUAGACAUGCUUUGACAUACGGAAGUUCUUCGGAUACUUUAGUUUUAAGGAACCCGGGUUAUUACCACUGGCGUGCGGGAGGCGAGAAGCACAUCAAUGAUCCAGUGUCCAUUGCUAACCUGCAGGAGGCUGCUGUCAGCAACAGCAGCUCAGCAUACGACAGAUACAGAGAGAGUGCGCUGGAGUCGAUCCGCGCGUGCACGUUGCGGGGCCAGCUGGAGCUGGUGAAGCUGGAUGAACCCAUACCCAUUGAUGAAGUGGAACCCGCCUCUGAGAUCGUCAAACGGUUCGCCACAGGCGCGAUGUCGUUUGGCUCCAUAUCCUUGGAGGCACACACCAGUCUGGCCAUCGCCAUGAACCGCAUCGGUGGCAAAUCUAACACCGGCGAGGGUGGAGAGAAUGCCGACAGAUAUCUUAAUCAAGACCCGGAUUUCAACAAACGGUCGGCCAUCAAGCAGGUGGCUUCGGGCCGGUUUGGGGUGACAGCAUCAUACCUCGCGCACGCUGAUGACUUGCAGAUCAAGAUGGCACAGGGCGCUAAACCAGGAGAAGGCGGCGAGCUGCCAGGUUACAAAGUAACGGAGGAUAUAGCGAAGACACGUUGCUCUGUGCCGGGUGUGGGGCUGAUCUCACCACCACCACAUCACGACAUCUACUCCAUUGAAGACCUGGCGGAGCUCAUCUACGACCUCAAGUGUGCCAAUCCCAAAGCACGAGUUUCUGUUAAACUGGUCUCCGAAGUCGGAGUCGGUGUUGUCGCAUCAGGUGUUGCUAAGGGCAAGGCGGAGCACAUCGUUAUAUCAGGUCAUGAUGGUGGUACGGGAGCUAGCUCUUGGACUGGUAUCAAGAGCGCUGGUCUGCCCUGGGAGCUGGGUGUGGCUGAGACGCACCAGGUCCUCGUUCUCAAUGACCUACGCUCCAGGGUUGUGGUUCAGGCAGACGGUCAGAUCCGCACCGGAUUUGAUGUAAUGGUGGCUGCGCUGCUCGGUGCAGACGAGUUUGGAUUCAGUACUGCACCACUCAUCGUACUAGGUUGUACGAUGAUGCGCAAGUGCCACUUGAAUACAUGUCCGGUUGGCAUCGCGACACAGGACCCUGUACUGCGCAAGAAGUUCGCAGGCAAACCUGAACAUGUCGUCAACUACCUCUUCAUGCUUGCUGAAGAGGUACGAGAGCACAUGGCGGCAGUAGGCGUGAGACGGUUCCAGGAGCUGGUGGGUCGCACUGACCUUCUGAAGGUGCGAGAGCAUAACGACAACCCGAAGGCUCGUCUGCUCAAUCUCUCGCUCAUACUCAAGAACGCACUGCACAUGCGUCCUGGUGUCAACAUACAUGGCGGCUCCAAGGCACAGGACUUCCAGCUGGAGAAACGUCUGGACAACACAUUGAUAGAGCAAUGCGCGGGAGUGAUCUCGGGGAAGGAUACACACGCCAGCAUCACCAUGAAGAUCACCAAUGAGGACCGCGCCUUCACAUCUACACUGUCUUACCACAUUGCAAUGAAAUACGGUGACGAAGGUCUACCUGAUGGCACCAGUAUCGAUAUAUCUCUGACUGGUUCAGCGGGACAGAGCUUUUGCGCCUUCCUUUCCAAGGGUGUUAAAGUCACACUAGAGGGCGACGCCAACGAUUAUGUCGGUAAAGGUCUGUCAGGCGGCACAGUGAUCAUCUAUCCGCCCAAAUCUUCUCCCUUCGAGUCUCAUCUGAACGUAAUAGUGGGCAACGUGUGUCUUUAUGGCGCUACUUCUGGCAGAGCUUAUUUCCGAGGUAUUGCGUCGGAACGUUUCUGCGUGCGCAACAGUGGUGUGACGGCGGUGGUGGAGGGUGUUGGUGACCACGGCUGCGAGUACAUGACGGCCGGCACCGUCCUCGUGCUCGGUCUCACCGGCAGGAACUUCGCAGCCGGCAUGAGUGGUGGCAUUGCGUACGUGUACGAUGUGGAUGGCUCUUUCAAGGAUAAAUGCAACCCCGAAAUGGUGGAGCUGCUGCAGCUGGGCCAGGAGGACCUGGAGGAAGUCAGACAACUGCUGCAAGAGUUUGUCGACUACACCGGAUCCAUCAUCGCCAAAGAACUACUGGAAAGUUGGCCAGAACCGGGCAAAAUGUUCAUCAAAGUGUUCCCGUAUGAGUACCAGCGUGCGCUCAAACAGCUCGCCCUCAAAGGCCCCGCGCCUAAAGCACAAGUCAACGGCAAGGAAGAGAACGGCCUCGUUGACAUUGAGGAGACCGUCCGAGAUGUCGAGCUCGAGAAGAAGAAUUUGGAGAAGGUCCUCGAUAAAACUAGGGGCUUCAUAAAGUACCCGCGUGAGACGUCUCUGUACCGUCCUGCGGAGAAGCGGAUGCGGGACUGGGAGGAGAUCUACUCAGGUCGCGAGGUGAGACGCGGGCUGCGUGUGCAGGCGGCGCGCUGCAUGGACUGCGGUGUACCUUUCUGUCAGAGCGCACAUGGCUGUCCGCUCGCUAACAUCAUACCUAAGUGGAACGACCUCAUCUACCGCGGACAAUGGCGCCAGGCAUUGGAUCAGCUGCUGCAGACCAACAACUUCCCCGAGUUCACAGGUCGCGUGUGCCCGGCGCCAUGCGAGGGUGCAUGUGUGUUGGGCAUCUCUGAGCCAGCUGUCACUAUCAAGAACAUUGAAUGCGCCAUCAUUGACCACGCCUUCGACAACGGAUGGAUUCAGCCGCAGAUCCCAGAAAUUCGCAACGGUAAAACAGUCGCUGUAGUUGGGUCUGGACCAGCUGGUCUUGCCUGCGCACAUCAACUUAAUAAGGCCGGGUACAGUGUGACUGUAUUCGAACGCAACGACCGUCCUGGUGGUCUGCUGCAGUACGGCAUCCCCAGCAUGAAGCUCAGCAAGCGAGUGGUGGAGCGCCGGCUGCGACUGCUCGCUGAUGAAGGCAUCGUCUUCAAGUGCAACAUACACGUUGGCAAAGAUAUCUCCGCUACAGACCUCGCCAGCGAAUAUGACGCACUAGUACUGUGCGUUGGUGCGACAUGGCCGCGCGAUCUACCGCUGAAGGGUCGCGAGCUGAACGGUAUCCACUUUGCGAUGGAGUUCCUGGAGGGAUGGCAGAAGAAGCAGGCGGGGGCAGUGCACCAGCCCGGCAAAGACCUGCCCGCGCUCAGCGCCACUGACAAGGAUGUGCUCGUCAUCGGCGGCGGAGACACCGGUUGUGACUGCAUAGCGACUUCAUUGAGACAAGGUGCGCGCUCCAUCACCACAUUCGAGAUCCUGCCCGAGCCAAAGCGUGUGCGAGGACCUGACAACCCUUGGCCACAAUGGCCUAGAAUAUUCAGAGUUGACUAUGGUCACGAGGAGGUGAAGGUGAAGUUCGGACAUGAUCCGAGACAAUUCUCUACGCUCACCAAGGAGUUCCUUGAUGACGGAUCUGGCAACGUGUGCGGCGUGUCGUGCGUGGAGGUGGAGUGGAGACGCGGCGCGGGGGGGCGCUGGGAGAUGAGUGAGGUGGCGGGUACGCAGCGUGUGGUGCGAGCUGACCUCGUACUCCUCGCCAUGGGCUUCCUCGGACCUGAACGACAUGUCGCCCAUCAGCUCGAUUUGCCGUUAGAUGCUCGCAGCAACAUCGAGACGGACAAGAGCAACAUCUACAAGACUCCUGUCGGUAAUGUCUUCGCUGCUGGAGAUUGUCGUCGUGGCCAGUCUCUAGUAGUGUGGGCUAUCUCUGAGGGUCGUCAGGCAGCACGAGCUGUUGACCUCUACCUGUCCGGCAAGACCACACUGCCUGGACCAGGAGGUCUAGUACAUGCCUGAAUUAAUACUAACACUAACUGGCAUACUUCUUUACCUAUCAUUUAAUUGGUUGUCCAAAUAAAUUUUAAUAUAUGGCCAUAGGUGUCGAAUAUUUUCUUUUUUUAUAAAUUUAAUUCACCAAGUUAUAUUUUAUCUUAAUUAAUAAAUACGCGCAAACUUUUCAUCUAUAAUCAUGUUUAUUU